GUUAUUCCAGAAAUCAAAACUGUAAUUUGCUUUUUUGUUUUUUUUCCUCCCCCCCCUAUCUCGCCCUCCACCGGCGGCACCCCGCCCCGCCGCCCUCCUAUAAAUCCGAUCGACGCCACCGCCUGUUCGUUCCCAUCCUCGCAUCCCACGCCACUCCCUCCCAAUCCCCUCGCAUCCCCAACGACCGCGCCGCAGCAGUACUUUUGCGAUUCGUUAGGAGGGCGGGCGAGCGAGCGCAAGGCAAGAUGUCGACGUGCGCGGCGGACCUCGCGCCGCUGCUGGGCGCGGCGGCGGCGAACGCCACGGACUACCUAUGCAGCCAGUUCGCGGACACGGCGUCGGCGGUGGACGCCACGUACCUGCUCUUCUCGGCGUACCUCGUCUUCGCCAUGCAGCUGGGCUUCGCCAUGCUCUGCGCCGGCUCCGUCCGCGCCAAGAACACCAUGAACAUCAUGCUCACCAACGUGCUCGACGCCGCCGCGGGGGCGCUCUUCUACUACCUCUUCGGCUUCGCCUUCGCCUUCGGCACGCCCUCCAACGGCUUCAUCGGGAAGCAGUUCUUCGGCCUCAAGCACCUGCCCAGGACCGGCUUCGACUACGACUACUUCCUCUACCAGUGGGCCUUCGCCAUCGCCGCCGCGGGCAUCACGUCGGGGUCCAUCGCCGAGAGGACGCAGUUCGUCGCCUACCUCAUCUACUCCGCCUUCCUCACGGGGUUCGUGUACCCGGUCGUGUCGCACUGGUUCUGGUCCACCGACGGGUGGGCCGCCGCGAGCCGCACGUCCGGCCCGCUCCUCUUCGGCUCCGGCGUCAUCGACUUCGCCGGCUCCGGGGUCGUCCACAUGGUCGGCGGCGUCGCCGGGCUCUGGGGCGCGCUCAUCGAGGGCCCCCGCAUCGGCCGCUUCGACCACGCCGGCCGCUCCGUGGCGCUCAAGGGCCACAGCGCGUCGCUCGUCGUGCUCGGCACCUUCCUCCUGUGGUUCGGCUGGUACGGCUUCAACCCGGGGUCCUUCAACACCAUCCUCAAGUCCUACGGCCCCGCCGGGACCGUCCACGGGCAGUGGUCGGCCGUGGGCCGCACCGCCGUCACCACCACCCUCGCCGGCAGCGUCGCCGCGCUCACCACGCUGUUCGGGAAGCGGCUCCAGACGGGCCACUGGAACGUGGUGGACGUCUGCAACGGGCUCCUCGGCGGGUUCGCGGCCAUCACGGCCGGCUGCAGCGUCGUCGACCCGUGGGCCGCCGUGAUCUGCGGGUUCGUGUCCGCGUGGGUGCUCAUCGGGGCGAACGCGCUCGCCGCGCGCCUCAAGUUCGACGACCCGCUGGAGGCCACGCAGCUCCACGGCGGGUGCGGCGCGUGGGGCAUCCUCUUCACCGCGCUCUUCGCCAGGCAGAAGUACGUGGAGGAGAUCUACGGCCCGGGGAGGCCGUACGGGUUGUUCAUGGGCGGCGGCGGGCGCCUCCUCGCCGCGCACAUCAUCCAGAUCCUGGUCAUCGCCGGGUGGGUGAGCUGCACCAUGGGCCCGCUCUUCUACGCGCUCAAGAAGCUGGACCUGCUGCGCAUCUCGGCCGACGACGAGAUGGCCGGCAUGGACCUGACCCGUCACGGCGGCUUCGCCUACGUCUACCACGACGAGGAACCCGGCGACAAGGCCGGGGUUGGUGGGUUCAUGCUCAGGUCCGCGCAGAACCGUAUCGAGCCGGCGGCGGCGGCGACGACCGGCAACCAGGUUUAAAAAUCAAGAAGAAAAACCAGAAGGAAUUGCGUGCUUGCCUUUUUCUGUUUAUAAUCGCGUCAUAUUUUGAUGAUCUCGAUCGCAUCUGCGGCUGCCGGUACCGUUUGGGCCAAAUGCUUGGCCAAUUUGGUCGCAAAAAAAAAGAGUAAAACAAGAGUGUAUGUGUGUUUUGGUUGGGGUUUUCUCUAAUCUGUACAUGUUUGUUUUAAGAGAGUCCGUAUAUGGUGGUGGAUGCGAUGGAAGGGGUAGGAACUAGGGUUUUUCUUUAAUUCGGCUAAUAAUGCGGUUAUUUUUGUGGUGCAAUCUUAUGAUCGGAGCUCGGAAGGUGUGGCGGGGCUGCUGGUCAAGUCAAGAUAGGUGGCUCUGUGGUCUCCGUAGCCUAGUAGUCCCUACCCAUUCAUCGAAACUUUGGCCGUGUUUGGUUCAUAUUCUAAAAAAAAUUCACAAAAAAAUGAAUGCAUGUAUAGAGUACUAAACAAAGUUUAUUUGCGAAAUUUUUUUACAGAUGGGUGUAACUUUUCGAGACGAACCUAAUGAGUCAAGUUAUAUCAUGAUUGACUACAGUGAUGCUACAGUAACCACGCCUAAUCAUCCUCACAUUGUACAGUCAAAGACCUCAUUAGAACCAUCCAAACACGGCCUUUGGCCUGUAAGGCCUGUUCCUUUGAAUCUAGUGUGGCUUUGGGGUGUGCCCUUCUACAUGGAGUAUGUUUAUGUGCAUAAUGUUAUGCCCGAAAUACCAUAUCAAAAUAAUAAAUUGUUCCCGAUUCCCCUGC